CCUACCAUCUAAACUCGUCCGUCUGUUUCGGUUUUCACGCUUACUUGUGUCUGUUUCUCCUCGAUCCAUCGUCAUGGUCUCACCGUUUUUUCUCCACUGUUCGUAGUUCUCUGGAAAGUACAGUCGCAUUUUCUGUAAAUUCUAAAUCUUAUUACGGAUCUUCAGUAAGUUGCAAUUGAAAUGGGCUCAAGUCCUCGAGCCGUAGAGGAGAUCUUCAAAGAUUUUAAUGCUAGAAGAGCUGGUGUUGUUCGUGCUUUAACUCACGAUGUCGAUGAAUUUUACGGACUCUGCGAUCCAGACAAGGAGAAUCUGUGUCUGUAUGGACAUCCAAAUGAAACCUGGGAGGUAACUCUGCCGGCAGAAGAAGUUCCUCCAGAACUUCCUGAACCCGCACUUGGGAUUAAUUUUGCUAGAGAUGGCAUGCAACGCAAAGACUGGCUUUCAUUGGUCGCUGUACAUAGUGAUUCUUGGUUGCUUUCUGUUGCUUUCUACUUUGGUGCUCGUCUUAACCGCAAUGAAAGGAAACGACUAUUUAGCUUGAUCAAUGAUCAGCCUACUGUCUUCGAAGUUGUAACGGAAAGGAAGCCUAUAAAGGAUAAACCAAGCAUGGGCAGUGGAAGCAAAUCUAAGGGUAGCUUGAAGAGGUCGAGUGAUGGCCAAGUAAAAACCAACCCUAGGCUCACAGAUGAGAUUUACGAGGAUGAUGGAGAUGAGCAAAGUGAAACCUUCUGCGGGAGCUGUGGUGGAAAUUAUAACGCAGAUGAGUUUUGGAUUGGCUGUGACAUCUGUGAAAGAUGGUACCAUGGAAAGUGUGUGAAGAUAACACCUGCUAAGGCUGAGAGUAUUAAACAAUACAAAUGCCCGUCUUGCGUGAAGAAGGGCAGAUAGUGCUGGCUAUCAGACAUAACUGGAGAGAACACAGAGCAUUUCUUCUGUUGCUGUAAAUGUGAAAUUGGAACGUCACAGUUUUAUGCAACUCAUAUGUUAGGUCGUUCACUUAUAAGGGAUUGCAUCUGAGAGUUCAAAUUCGCCCAAUUCCCUGCAAAUUCGUUGCCUAUAUGUCAACUUGUGUCUUAGAGUUCUUACUUUUAUCAUACAGACGAUGUCUGUCUGUAUAAUUACAGUUAUCUUAUAACUUCUAUAGUAAUUUAACCGAAGGAGGAUGUUCUUUCCACUAGUUUUCUUAAUCAUCUUGACUCCCUUUUGAAUUGUUCUGAAUAUGUAUUGAUUUCUUUAGCUUUUUCUCUUA